CUUGAUGAUUAUUGAUUAAUGAUACCCUUUUUCCUUUUCCCUUCAUUCUUGAAAUUUAAAGUUAGUACUGAAAAUACAUGAAAGUCCAGAUGCUCUUUUCCUUUCAAUUUACAAUAUGCAUUAAUAUAUCCUCAUAACCAAAUUGUCCGCCUCAACGGAUACAAAAUCAAGUAUAUAUCAUUAGGAGGAAAUAUGCAAAUUUACAGUCUUAAAGUAGUUGGGGUGGUUAACGUAAAUUACUGUAUAAUUUCUCAUAUGUUCAGAAGAUCUGCCAUAAAAUUAGUCGUUUUGACCGCUUCUUAGUGACCAAUAUUUAUCUGAUUUAUGUAGCAUCAAAGUACGUUUUUGUUUAAUUUGCUGAAAGAAUAAUCACUUUUGGCUACUUUGCUGUUUUUAAGGGGUAGGAUUGAUUCUGUGUGAUUCUUCCUGGCUAAGAUCCAUCAUUGGGAUGUACAGAAAAUCCUUAAAAAUAAUCUCAACAUUCUUAGGCUGAUGAUCUUCUACGGAUCUCCUUGGAUUUUUAAAAAAAUUAAAGUUUUCAUCACCAAAAUCAAUGAUAAAUAGUACUAGGAAAAGAGUUAGUUGUGUUGUACUGUGAAACAAACAAUGCUUAGGAGUAAAGAUACUGUCACUGCACUUUUAGCAUUACCCACCGGAAAUGCCAUCAAUUAGGUGUCUCAUUAGGGAUCAGAAUUGGGAAAUUCUCAGGAAGGUUGUCCAGCUUACUACCUACCAUUUACUCAAUUCUCCAAAAAAUCUGUUCUUGAUCAUCUUCCCAUCAUUUGAACCUCAUCAGUUAAUCUUGUGAGUGUGUGUGUGUGUGUGUGUGUGAAUUUGAUGGGCAUUUUUCCAAAGAAGCGGUUGUUUUGAUGGCUGUUUUUGGAUCUUGAUUACAUGUAUUUUUAGAAUGUGCAUAUGGGCUUCUUCAGUUCUUGGUUGGGAAAAGAUGCAAAAAGAUCAUUCACCAUCAAAAGGAAAGACAGUGAUGCAGGCGAAGCAGCCCGUGCAUUGGAAGAACUUAGAGGCUCUCUCUAUAAUGAGCUGCGAACUUCUGAGGGAGCCAAACGGCAGCAACAACGAUUCUGCGGACCGCAAGUGGCGAUGACCUUCAAUUUCGUGGUUGCGGUCUCAAUAAUUCUGGGAAACAAAUUGGUUAUGGGGAGAGUUGGGUUCAAUUACCCAAUAUUCCUGACUUUAAUCCAUUACACUACUGCCUGGGUUUUGUUGGCUAUAUUCAAGGCACUUGGAUUGCUUCCAGUCUCACCUCCUUCGAAAUCAACUCCAUUCUCUUCACUUUUCUCAUUGGGUGCUGUUAUGGCUUUUGCUUCUGGUCUUGCCAACACUAGUCUUAAGCAUAACAGUGUUGGUUUCUACCAGAUGGCUAAAAUUGCUGUCACUCCAACCAUUGUGAUUGCUGAGUUCAUCCUUUUCAGAAAAACCAUAUCAUUCCACAAGGUUUUGGCUCUAGCCGUCGUGUCCAUAGGCGUAGCAGUUGCAACUGUAACAGACCUGGAAUUCAAUUUAUUCGGUGCUGGUGCAGCAAUAGCUUGGAUUAUUCCUAGUGCAAUAAACAAAAUCCUUUGGUCUAAUCUCCAGCAACAAAGUAACUGGACUGCCCUUGCGUUAAUGUGGAAGACAACCCCGGUAACAAUAUUCUUCUUACUUGCCCUCAUGCCUUGGAUGGAUCCACCAGGGGUUUUAACCUUCAAAUGGGAUGUCCAAAACGUGACUGCCAUUCUCACAUCAGCUUUGCUUGGCUUUCUCUUGCAAUGGUCAGGAGCUCUGGCACUUGGUGCCACUUCUGCAACUUCACAUGUGGUUUUAGGACAGUUCAAAACAUGUGUCCUAAUAUUAGCAGGGUACAUACUAUUUGGUUCUGAUCCAGGAACAUUGAGCAUCUGUGGUGCUUUUGCUGCUUUUGGUGGAAUGACCGUUUACACCUCUCUCAAUUUGAAAGAAUCGCGCGAGAAAGAGAGUAGUCAUAGCCUGCUACCAAAGCAAAAUCUACUUCCUCCUCAAAAUCACAAGAAACUGGAAGAACUCUUGGAGGAGGCUGUUGUGGUUGAGAAUACUUCCACGUCCAGCCCUGCCUAAACUGGUGGUUUUUCCUAUGCAUAAUCGAAGUAGAGUCUGGCGUCACUUCUUGACGCGCUGGUUACAUGUUAUGUGCAACCGGAGUAUUACAGAGAUUGGGAGUUCAAAACUCACCAAUUGCAUAAGUAGAGCAUUCAACCACCGUAUGCCUAGUAAAAGAAGAAAAGGAUUGCAGUUCAUUGAUGGAUUGACUUUGGACCCUGUACAGACUCACAAAAUUUGAACCAGCAACUUUCUCUUUUGUUUAACAGAAUAAUUCCUAGUAAGCAGAUUUUUGGGGUAAGAAAAUCAGCAUGUUAAUAUCAUUUCUUUUGAGAUAUGUGAUCUUUUUUUAACUGGUUACAUUUCAUCUAGAGAAAGAACUUUUCAGGGUUUCAUUUUGUUUUUCUUUUUCAAAUACUCAUAUUUAACAA